CUGUGUUUUCAGGACAGGAGGGGUGUCAGACCUGUCUCCUCACAGCUCCGAUUCCCAUAAGAGUAGAGUUUGGGAUAUAUUUCUUAUGAGUUUGGAUCUAUAAAGCUAUUUCUGCACACUUCAUAGUCCGGUCAGGACAUGCCUAGAGGCAGAGGCACAUUUUGGUCUUCCUGCAGCAGCCAAAUCCUCCUCCUCUUCAUCAUCAUCAACUUGGGAGCCUGACGCUGCCAUAUCAUGAAGGUAAGAGGAAGGAGGAACUAACAUGGAUUUAUUUUUGUUUUGCUCAAAGUCGAGGGUUUAACUUUUUGUUUAAAGACACAACACAGAAGCUGAGUCACGGAACACCAUUGUAGAUGUCACUGAAUUUGGAUUGGACGUUUGAUUUCUCACACACUGUUGAGGACACUCUAUAACCGGUCCCCGUUUUUUCCGCCACCGGAGCAUUUGUGUUAAUAACACCACCGCCGCCAUGCAGACUUCAUCGAUACGCCGUCAGAUGAAAAAUGUGGUCAACAACUACACAGAGGCCGAGAUCAAAGUGCGAGAGGCCACCUCCAACGACCCCUGGGGCGCUUCCGGUUCACUCAUGGCCGAAAUCGCUGACCUGACCUACAACAUGAUUGCCUUCACCGAGGUCAUGGGUAUGAUCUGGAGGCGGCUCAACGACCACGGCAAAAACUGGCGCCACGUUUACAAGGCACUCGGCCUGAUGGACUACCUGGUGAAAACUGGUUCGGAGCGAGUGGCGCAGGAGUGCCAGGACAACAUCCACUCUAUCCAGACCCUGAAAGACUUCCAGUACAUAGACCGGGAUGGACAGGAUCAAGGGCAGCACAUCCGAGAGAAGGCUAAGAGAUUGGUCGCUCUGCUGAAGGACACAGAAAAGCUUAAGAAGGAGAGGAGCGAGGCGUUGAAGACCAAGUCGCGUAUGGUGGGAGUCCAGUAUUACAAUGGAGAACUGCCUCCUCCGUACCCAGGAGGCCAGACCAGCCAUUACAGGACGUACCCGUCCAGGAGCUCACCUUCUCAGCACUCCACCUCUUACUCCCCUCGACUCGCGCCAGACUUGGAGCAAGCUCGGCCGACCACCAGCGGAGAGGAGGAGCUUCAGCUGCAGCUGGCCUUGGCCAUGAGCCGGGAGGAGAGUGAAAAUCCCGAUGAAAACAGCCAGUUGCAGAUGAACCCCAGCAAGAAGGUCAAUAAGCCUGUCAAGCCUGCACCGGCCACAAUGGACAUGGAUGAGGACACGCAGCUGAAGUUAGCAAUGAACAUGAGCAAGGAGACGCACGAACAGGAGAAGCUCAGUCGCCAAGGAGACGAAUCGAUGCUGCGGAAAGCUUUGGAGGAGAGCAAACGUGAGAUGGCGUCUAAAGGCGGGACCGCCUUCAUGGACCUUGUAGAUGUUUUUGCAGUGCCUUCAGAUCCUCCUCCUAGUGACCAUACAUGGAAUAAACCCUCAUACCAGGCAUCUAUUCGUACCGGAGGGUCAGACCCCUGGGACCCUUUGGAUGGAAGCAGCAGCUCGUCAAGAGUAGAUUCUCCCUGGAUGGUACCGCCCACAUCCAAUAGCCCCCCUCCACCCUGGAAACCCAGCCCGCCCACAGGCAACCCUUGGGAUGCCCCGCAGAGCAGUGCCUCCAACCUAUGGGGUGUCUCGACCAACACAGCAUCUGCUGUUGUUGAUCCAUUCCGACUGCCAUCAGAUAUAACAUCGAGAGAACCUCUCCGAGCUGGAAGCCCUUCAGAUGGGGAUCUGUUCGACGAGGCCAUGGACGGGGGUCAGAUGAACAUCAACGGGCGAAGGGAAGACAGCCCUGAGCUAUAUGACUUCUCCCAACUCAAACAAAGCCUGGUGGAGCCCACCCCUCGAGCACUGCAUACCCCAGAGGCCUUCCUCGGACCCACGGGUGCCUCUUUGGUGAACCUGGACACUCUGAUCCCAUCUAACCCCGCAACCAUGAACCCCUUUCUUUCAGAUGGAGUUGCUCCGACAACCAGCAAUCCAUUCCAAGUGGACCAGACCAGACUAACUCUUGAUCAAAUGGGCUCGACCACACUGCAGGGCGCUCUUCCGUACAGCGCUUCCCUGCCUCUGCCUAUCAGCCACCAGCCCGCCAGCCUCCCGUCGUCAUUCACUCAUCCCAGCCAGCCCGGUUUGGAUCUACCUGAGCCUUUGUUGCCUCUCUCUACUGGCAGUGCUCAGGGGUCCCAGGCCGCACUGAACAAUCAGAACCCUUUCCUAUGAGGACCGCUUCAACUGGAGAGAAUACAGUCAGAAAACUAGGACUAGGCUGGAAAUAUCAAAUUGAACUGCAACUCCAUUGGCUCUUUUUUUUAUAUUGUGUCGUAACCCGCUAACCUUUACACACUACAUGCACUCUGGUUCUCUCAACAGCAUAGACAUGAUGUGACUAAUAUCAUGUAAAUCUCCUUUUUCAGGCUAUUAAUUGGCUCAUGUGACUAAAAAUACACACAAGUUGUUGUGGUUGCACUUUGCCAUUAUCUCCAACUGGUUUUGUGUUGUCAACAAUUCUCCUGCACACUCAGCUGUUUGUGUGUCUACUGCUGGUGUCACACACUAGCCUGGGCUCAUUUUUGAUAAGUCAUGGACUUUCUGUUGGCAAACCAUAUGUGGGAUUAAAAUUGGGGUUAAGAAAAUAUAUAACUUGGGGGGUGUUGCUUCAGGUUUUAUGAUAAUCAAUUAGAAAAUGAGUUUAAUUAAUUUCUUGUGAACCAAGAGUGUAAUGGGAGCAAUCCGUUAAUAUACACAUUUGAUUAAACUGCUCACUCUACGCAAUGGUAGACAUGCAUCACAGUCAUUACACAUCCCUGCAAUCAACUGGUGAAUAAAACAUUUAAUUAAGCGA